GGCGCUUCUUUGGGUGUGAACGCAAUGACAUCUCCGCCUUGCGCGAAACCCCCUCCUCUCCUGAGCAGAGUAUCACAUUCACACAGUAACUCCAUAGAUCACUCCUCAUACACCAUCCUGCACUAAAAUAAAAAAAAAAAAUAAAAAAAAAAUAAAGGACGUUAAAGAAAAGACCAGACAACAAGGCGAGCAAUGCUAUCUUCUGACAAUGCCUCAUCACCACCGUUGAGAGUGAAGCAGGAUGAAUUUCAUCUUCUACACAUUCUUGGCAUACUUUUAUUUGGGAUCGCAAAUAUUCCUUCUCCAUACUCUGCUCGUCCAGCCCGCGCAUUCUCACCCGCAGCCCUGCCACAUCCUAGCGCGGAUAGGACACACCGUGCGCCUGGGUGCCCUCCUGCCUCCCCGCCAGUCGGUCCGGGUGCGGGCGGCUCUCCACCGCGCCCUCAGCGGUCUCGCCGAGAGCGGCAACAACUUUCUUCCGUACAACUUGAGCCUGGACGUGGUGGCUCGGGAAGCCCCGAGCGGAGACCCCGAGUCGCUCUUCAGGUGUGUGUGUCAGGAUAUAGUGGUCCAGGGGGUCUCGGCUGUGCUCGCCUUCCCUCAGACGCAGGAGGAAAUAGUGCAAAUGGAAUUUAUGUCCUCUUUUUUGGAAAUUCCUUUUAUAAGCAUCAUUGAGCACGGAGAGCCCCUCAAAACUCAGAAUCGCUUCCACUUGCAGAUGACCACCCGUAUUCCCCCGUCAGGACUGGUGGAGCUGCUUCUAGCCGUCCUGCAGCGCAGUGGCUGGGAGGAGAGCAUGGCGGUGCUUUGCCAGGGCUGGGAGGACGCCGGUCUCCUGGAUCUCCUGAAAGUCCAAGGCCGAUCCGGCUGGGGCCCCUCACACUGGCACCUGCGGGCCGCUCUGAACCUCUCCCACAGCACACCUCACACGGCUAAUAUUUCUCACUUCCUGUCUGAGCACUUUAAUCAGGACCUUUCUCCACCCGCCUCGGUCCUGCUUUUUGGGGCCGACCCGGAGUGUGCCUCUUCCAUCCUGCGCAGUGCGCAUGACCUGGGGCUCACAUUGCCCACUGUACAUUGGAUUAUGGGACAUCCCCUAAGCCCAGACGCCCUUCAUUCUAUUGGUCUGCCUUUAGGACUGUUGGCCUACGGAGAGGUCGACCGCAAACCGCUGGACUACUACAUCAGUGAUGCCCUGCAGUUGGUCAAUCGAGCUGUUACUGCAGCCACGGUUGUACGGCCUGAUCUAGCCCUCAUCCAAAAUAUGGUAAACUGUUUCGACAAACCCAACAAACAUGAGCUGCCCUCAUCAGGACAGUACAUCGCCAGGUUCCUCUCAAAUACGUCCUUUGUAGGGUUGACAGGCCCUGUCAGCGUUCAGCGCAACCUCUCCCGUGUGCUCACCUCUCAGAAGGUCCACAUUUGGAGUCUGCGCCGUGAUGCCGUCGGUCAGCCCACGUGGGUGACUGUAGGCAGCUGUGAAGGCGGUAGGUUGGAUGUAGAGGAGCAGGGAUUAUGGCAGGGAUCGCCCCCUCGACAGCGCACAGAGGGCCAGAUGGGCAGGCUGGGGCGUAGAUGGCGGGCUGGCUUUCCCGUGUCAGGGAGUCGUCUGCGGGUGGUCACUCUAGUCGAGCAUCCGUUCGUGUUCACUCGAGAGGUAGAUGAGGAUGGGAACUGUCCCGCUGGCCAAUACUGUCUGGACGCAGGGACAAAUAACUCAGAAACCCUGGACCACUUAUACGGCGAACGGGCUCAAGGCAACAGCAGCUUCUUGCCACCGGAUUUCAGCAAGUGUUGCUAUGGAUACUGUAUUGAUCUGCUGGAGAAGCUGGCAGAGGACAUGAACUUCGAGUUUGAUCUGUACAUAGUCGGGGAUGGGAAAUACGGUGCAGUCAAGGGUGGCCAGUGGACGGGGUUGGUGGGAGACCUUCUGAGCGGGGUGGCCGAUAUGGCCGUUACCAGCUUCAGCAUCAACUCAGCUCGCAGUAAAGUGAUCGACUUCACCAGUCCAUUCUUUUCCACCAGUUUGGGAAUACUAGUACGCAGUAAGGACACGGCGGCACCCAUUGGAGCGUUCAUGUGGCCGUUGCACUGGUCCAUGUGGAUGGGCAUCUUUGUGGCGCUGCACAUUACGGCACUCUUCCUUACUCUCUACGAAUGGAAGAGUCCCUUCGGCAUGACGCCUCAUGGACGAAACCGCGUCAAGGUCUUCUCUUACUCCUCAGCCCUCAACCUCUGCUACGCCAUACUCUUUGGCCGCACAGUCUCCAGUAAGACGCCUAAGUGUUGGACCGGACGAUUCUUGAUGAACCUGUGGGCCAUAUUUUGCUUGCUGGUUUUGUCUAGCUACACUGCAAACCUAGCUGCUGUUAUGGUUGGGGAAAAGACCUUUGAAGAGGUCUCGGGAAUACAUGAUGCCAAGCUCCACCACCCAUCUCAGGGAUUCCGAUUCGGCACUGUUCGGGAAAGCAGUGCAGAGGAUUAUAUGAAAAAGAGCUUUCCUGAGAUGCACGAGUACAUGCGGAAAUUCAACGAACCCACCACACCCGAUGGUGUCGCCACUCUCAAGACAGAUCCGCCUCAACUUGAUGCUUUUAUCAUGGACAAAGCCCUCCUGGACUACGAGGUGUCCAUCGACGCCGACUGCAAGCUGCUGACAGUUGGAAAACCCUUUGCUAUCGAAGGUUACGGCAUCGGACUGCCCCAGAACUCACCGCUCACCUCCAACAUAUCUGAAUUCAUCAGCCGUUACAAGUCGGACGGCUACAUGGACAUGCUGCAUGACAAGUGGUACAAGGUGGUGCCGUGCGGAAAGAGAGUCUUCGCCGUUACAGAGACGCUGCAGAUGGGCAUUCGUCACUUCUCAGGGCUGUUUGUGCUGCUGUGUGUGGGAGUGACCGGGGCCUUACUCACUCUGGCAGGAGAGCAUGCCUUCUAUCGCCUGGUUCUGCCGCACAUCCGCCGCAGACAGAAGUUCAAAUACUGGCUUCACACCAGUCAGAAAAUCCACAGAGCGCUGAACAUGACUUAUGAGGAUGUGAAACGGCAGCGAGCGAGUACGGAGAAAAGUUGUAACAUCCAGAAAGCCCAGCCUCAUCCACCACCUCCACCUGCUCCCCUCGGAUCCUUCAACAAAUGGAACAACGAGAGCGCCAAAGCGGCUCAGGACCCCAAAGACAACAAGAGGGUCCAUUUCAACCUGGAGACCCUCAACACGCGCCGACUCCUGCAACGCGUCGUAUCCGAGGGGGGUCAGGCCAGCUCCGCCUCCGGGGCUGGGAGUUUACUGGCGAGGGUGUGUGAAAACGGAGGCCCCGUUCAGCGGCCCGCCUCCUCCUCUUCCUCGGUGAGGUCCUCGAGCCCGUCCAGAGAGAACGAGCUGGAGGAGCUCCAGGCCAAGAUCGAGGAGAUCCGCGGCCAUCUGAAAGCCGCCCUGGCUCGUAGGGCGGAGCUUCAGACUACACUGGCCAAAGAACGAGCGGCUGUCUCCGUCGCCCCGGCAACCACAGCGGCAGCUCCGCCCACGGUCACGGCCACCAUAUGCCCCGCCCUCACCAAAGAGCCAGCAGAACUGAAAAGGUGAUGCUUACAACGCCUGAACACGGUACACAUGACAACGGACAUGUUUUUCUAUCUUUCUCCUCCCUGGACUCUUUUAAAAUCAUCAUGCUAAGGCAACAUUGAUCCUUGGUACGGUUUUGCUAAUGAUAACGCUAAUCUGGCCUCAUGUGGCUUAUUUUUAAAGCCCCGCAGAGACAGCAGGAGCUAUCUGGAUUUGGACGUUUGCGUUUGAGACCGUUGAAAGCACCAAGCAAAGUCCACGCUUUCCUCUCAGAGCUUUGUUGUUUUCAGGAGCUUUCCCUCCGCCCGGCCGUUGUUUUCUUGGUAGAUGUGGGUCGGAGUAAACCCCUGUCGCACCCGAGGCCUCGUCAUGAAGCCAAAGGUAGAACAGAGCAUCGACUUUGCUGCUUUGGCAACGAUUUUAUUGCUCGGUUGUGUCUGAUCUCAAAAUCGCUACCGUUAUUGACCUUUCUUCCCUCCAUGAAUUUAUGAAUGGCCAGGUUGCCUGUUUGAAUUACGUUUGAUGUUGAAGAAAUAAAUGUGUACUUGUCAUAAAUUUGG